AUGGUGAACAUCUGGACAAUUGCACUUUUCCUGCUGGGAGCCGCCAAAGGAAAAGAAAUUUGCUAUGAUCACGUCGGGUGCUUUUCUGCCCCCGAGCCCUGGGCUGGGACUGCAAUCAGGCCCCUGAAAGUUCUCCCCUGGAGCUCUGAGAACAUCGUCACCUGCUUCUUGCUCUACACCAACAAGAACACAAACACCUUUCAAAGUCUCCUUCCCUCUGAUCCAUCAACGGUUGAGGCAUCAAAUUUUCAAACAGACAAGAAGACUCGAUUCAUCAUCCAGGGCUUCAUAGACAAGGGAGAUGAGAGCUGGCUGCUGGAUAUGUGCAAGAUAGGGAACAUGUUCAAGGUGGAGGAGGUGAACCUCAUCUGUGUGGACUGGAAGAAAGGUGCCCAAACCACCUACAUGCAGGCUGCCAACAACGUGCGGGUGGUGGGCGCCCAGGUGGCCCAGAUGCACGUCAUGCUCUCAGCAAACUACAGCUACUCACCUUCCCAACUCCACCUCAUUGGCCACAGCCUGGGAGCCCACGCGGCUGGAGAGACAGGGAGCAGGACUCCAGGCCUGGGCAGGAUUACGGAGUUGGAUCCCGUAGAAGCAAAUUUCCAGGGUACUCUUGAAGAGGUUCGACUCCACCCCUCCGACGCUGACUUUGUUGAUGUGAUCCACACGGAUGCAGCUCCUCUGACCCUAUUCAUGGGUUUUGGAACAAACCAACGGGUGGGUCACUUUGACUUUUUCCCAAACGGAGGAGAGGAGAUGCCAGGAUCCAAGAAGAACGUGCUGUAGCAGACUGUGGAGCUUAGAGGCAUGGGCUUGGGAACACGGAACUUUGUGGCUUGCAAACAUCCGAGAAGCUACAAGUAUUACUCGGAGAGCAUCCUCAAUUCUGAUGGGUUCGCUGCAUACCCCUGCGAUUCCUAUAGGACCUUUGAAUCUAACAAGUGCUUCCCCUGUCCAGAUGCAGGGUGCCCGCAGAUGGGCCACUAUGCUGAUCAAUUUGCCAGCAAGACAAGUGAGGAGCAGCAGAAAUUCUUCCUGAACACAGGAGAUUCCAGCAGUUUUGCCUGGUCCACCGUCUAG